AUGGUAAAGCUGUUCUUAAACAGACGGAGAAACCUCAAUGGAACGUCCACCGAACUUAUCGCACGUCUGCUUGAAGUUGUUGAGGAGUGUUUUACGACUCAUGAAUAUCUCAGUCUGUUCGACGAUAUGAACAUACCUUCGCACCAUGUCGAUACCCACUUUCAGUUCAUCCAAGCGUUUCUUUCUCGGCCAUACCUGGGAGCCAUUUAUGUAUCGGAAAUUGAAGUAUCUUCUCUCUACCAGGAGGUUGUCUUAGAGGGUGUCACAGAUCCGGCGAAGAGAGCUCUGGUCUUUGCGUCCAUGGCCAUUGGCAAUCUCAAUUGUGCGAAAAGCAGUCGCUCCAGCCCGACAACUAGCAAUGAUACCGGAGGGAAUUCACAUUACCAGGAGGCCUUAUUGGCAGUGGAGAAGAUGUUUGUUGCCAGGCCGUCGAUCUUGGUCUUCAAGGCUUUACUCACGACGCUUGUCGCCACAAUGCAAUACAGGGUAGAGCAAACUUCAUGCGUGUUGGGUCUCUGCGUCUCCUGCGCUCAGGCCUUGAGACUCAACAGCAUGGCUGCAACCCGUCAAUUAUGCCAGACUGACAGCGAGAUCAAUCAACUUCGACAAGCCUUCUGGCUCCUAUACUGCAUCGAAAAAGCAUUUAGAAUGCGAUCAGGACAAUUUUCUUCAAUAAGCGACGCUUUCAUCGACCAUAAUCCCCUGACCGACUGCGACAAAACCGGGACUACCACAGCUUCUCGAGAUUUCCACGCUCAUUGCCGGCUAUCCCAGCUCUGCUCUCGCAUGUCCGAAGACCUCCACAUGGCGGGGGACGCUCGUGACCCGAACUCAGUUACCAAAGUGAGCGAUCGUGCCGAGAAAUGGAUUGUGGUUCUACAAAGAUUCAACUCAGAGGUGCUCGAGACGAAGGGGUGGGAAGAUCAUAUCUUUGCUUGGACUCCCAGCAGUACACAACCCGACACAUCAAAGUUAUCGUGUCCCGUUUCCAGCUACCCAUCGAAGUUGUUUCUUUUUGAAAUGGCUCUCUUCGCCUACGGACGGCUGUUUCAAAACGCGGGGACGGACAUUUCUCUUGACAAGUCGGAGCAUAUCAUUGCGCAAUUCGCAUCCGAGGUUCUUAACGUCAUUGUCAAUAUGGAUCCCAGUACCACCAGUAUGAACCUGUGA